AUGGCCGAAACUACAAAGAAACGACCCAUCAUAGCUGGGAGAGAAAAAGGUCCAGGACCUGCCCGCUAUGCCCUCCCUCCCACCAUUGGCUUCAUGCGUCAUGACUUCACAAAGCCAACGAGCCCAGCGUUUACUUUCCACAGCAGGAUGAGUGACAACCUCUACAGCAUAGACUCCAGCCCUGGGCCUCAGUAUUUUGUUGACGCAAAGAUCACUCGCUUUGGGAGAGAUGGCACCCCUGCAUAUUCCAUGCUGGGUAGGAUGAGAAAGACUGUGGAAGUUUUCCAGACUCCAGGGCCAGGAGCAUACAGUCCAGAGAAAGCCCUUCCCAGCAGCACCAAGCGCAAGACCCCUUCAUACACAAUAGGGGCACGUACAAUCUACCGCUCCCUCGACACGGUCCCGGCCCCAAACAGGUACACGCUGCCAGCCGUCAUGGGUGCCCACGUGCCCACCAAGCCUGCCAGCGCCAGCUUCACCAUCUCUGGCCGCUGCCGAUCUGGCGGGUUUUCUGAGGACCUGUCGAAGACACCUGGCCCUGGCAGGUACAACAGCACAGACCCCAGCAUUUACCUGCCCAGGCAGCCAGCCUUCUCCAUGCUGGGCCGCAGCGGCCUCCCCACCGACACCACACUGAAGCCUGGCCCUGGCAGCCACAACCCAGAGAAGGUGACGGCACACAAGCCCCGAGCACCGGCCUUCUCUCUGGGCAUUCGCCACUCAGAGUUCAUUACUCCUUUGGUGGUGGAUGUGUUGGACUGACAUCACUUCCAGAUGUUUGAUAGUGAAAGUGAACUUGACACAUUGGCAUGGUGCAGUAAAGUUGAAAACAGGAAUAGUGACAGAGACUCUCACAGCAUCAUCAGGAACUGAGUGUAAAGUAGUGCAUGUGACAUUUUUGUUAUUGAAGGUUCUG